UGCCCUAUAAAAGCGGCUUGACGUCCUGGGAGAGAGAGUUGCAGGUCGUCUUUCACACUUAAACCACCCAUCGUGAACUCGUCGGCUUAACCAGGACAAUGAGCUUGUGCAAGCACUGUGUUUCCGGUGUCCGCCACGAAGGCACUCCGGAGGGGACCUUCGAGGAGUUCGGUGGUGUCCGGUCGUACGUGGCAACCCCGACUGUUGACUAUCCCAAAGACAAGGCAAUCCUGUACUUGAUUGAUAUCUUCGGUAUCGAUCUGCCGAACCAUCAGCUUUUGGCGGACGACUACGCGAAGAACGGCUUCAAGGUGAUCGUGCCGGAUAUCCUCUACAAUGACCCGGCCCCAGUCGAUGCGUUGGAUGCGGGCUCAAACUGGGACUUCAUGGCCUGGCUGUCCAAGCACGGCGGCGAGACUGUGUUGCCAGUACUAGACAAGGUCAUCCCGGCUCUGCACGCGAGCGGCAUCACUACGAUCGCUAUCCUCGGAUUCUGCUAUGGCGCACGUCCGGCCUUCGACCUGGCAUUCAACAACACCGUUAGCGUCGUGGUGGUCUCACACCCCAGUCUUCUGAAGGUGCCCGAUGAUAUCGAGAAAUACAAGGCGGUGUCGAAGGCCCCGCUCUUGAUCAACAGCUGUGAAAUCGACAUGAUGUUCCCGGCGGACGCUCAGGCGGCGACCGACAAGAUCCUCGGCGGGGGUGCCUUUGCACCUGGAUACGAGCGUACAUACUGGGAGGGUUGUACGCACGGGUUCUCUGUUCGUGGUGAUCUGAGCGACCCUAAAGUCAAAGCUGGUAGAGAGGGUGUGUUCAAGGCUAGCGUCGAGUUCCUCAUCAAGCACUUGUGACCGAAUAUAGAUGGGGAGGCAUGAGACGGGUCUUCGCUCUGUCGCAUUGUAAUGCCGAAAUUCAAACACUGACAGCCGGACAGUAUCGCUAUAUCGCUGAAAACGAAUGGGUCUUCUCUGCGUGGUCAGCCGAUUGUAAAAACA